AUGUCUUCGAUUUCGAAACUCUCUCGUAAUGGAAUUGGAAUGUAUAGAAUGCACUUUAGAUCUUCAGAAAAUGAACGAGCACUCUAUAAGGCACUUCAGAAAACACCAGAAAAACCCACCAUUAAUGUGAUUGAUACUUCCACGAAUUAUGGAGAUGGUGGAAGUGAACGUUUAAUUGGACAAGUAUUAGAAAAUCCACAAAAGGACACAUUGACCCGCUCAGAAAUUUACAUAAUGUCAAAGUUUGGUUACAUUCAAGCGACUAAUAUGAAAUUAUAUUACCAAGGGGAAUUCAAAAAUAUCCCCGAUGAACAAAUUGUGAAAUAUCAUCCAAAUUGUUUUCACUGCAUUCAUCCGGAAUUUAUGAGAGAUCAACUUGAUCGUAGCUUGAAACGAAUAAAGACGAGUUAUUUGGACCUUUUUUUCAUUCAUAACCCCGAAUAUUAUCUACUUGAUAAAGUAAAAGAUAGUGCUAGUCGAAAUGAAAUUGAAGUUGCACAAAAUGAAUUGCUUUAUCGAAUUAGCGAGACAUUUGAAGCACUGGAAAGGGAAAUCACUAAAGGAAGAAUUCGUGCCUAUGGAAUAAGUUCAAAUAGCUUUUCAGUUAAACGAGAAGAUAAGCAUUUCCUUCCGUACGAGAAUUUAAUUGUAAGUGCAAAAAAAGCAGCACAAAAGAUCCGUGGUGUUAACGAUCAUGGAUUUGUGGGCGUUCAACUUCCUGCUAAUCUACUGGAACAAGAAGGAUUAAAAACUACGGCUAAAUGGGCGAAAGAAAAUGGAUUAAAAGUUUUUAUAAAUAGACCAUUAAAUGCAUUUAUUGAAGAAACCGGAUAUCGAUUAGCAAGUUAUCCAGAACCAAAAUACGAAGAAAAUAAGCAGCAAGUUAUUUCUUUUCUCGAAACAAAAUUCAGAGUUAUCGAUAACGAUAGCGAUAGUCUACCACGUUACGCAUUCAAUCUAAUUAACCAAUUAGACAGCGAAUUACCGAAAAUACAAUCAAUAUUCAUCUGGGAGCAAUACACUUCUACUAUCAAUGCAGCAGCUGAGAAUCUUAAAAUAUCGCCGGAAAUUUAUUCGGCUUUUAUGAAUUACUUGAAUGCCCUUGAUGCAGAAGUAAGAUUUAGAGAUUCGCAACGAGUGAGAAAAUACUUGAUAAAAGAAUUGGCGUCGUUGAUACCGUAUUGA